GAAAAGAAAGAAUAAAGUCAGCCUUGCAAUGAGAGCGAAAAUAACAUAAAGGAGGAGGGAAACAUUAUAAAAAAAGAAGGCAGGGAGAGAAAGAGAGAGAAUCUGGUGGGCUUUGAGCUGUGAUUUAGCUGUCCUUUUGGUGAAUAAUUAUUAUUUCUUUUCUGGCAGAGACUCUCUCUCUCUCACACACAUAUCUCCAAAAUCCCUACUAGAAAAAACCCUCCUCACCCGUUCUCUCUCUCCUCAAACCCAAAAUCCCUAUCUUUUCUCUGUUACCUCUCCCCACAUUUUCUUCUUAGAUCUCGAGGUGAACCACAAACAACAGCAUAAUCAUCUCUGCAAAAAACCCCAUUUGCAAUCCAAGCUUUGCCAAGAGCAAGAGAGUGAGGGAGAGAGAGACAGACAAGGACGAGCCAAGGCAAAGGGAAACAAUAAAAGAAAAGAAAGUGGCAUUUGUUAAAUCAGAUGUCUCAUGUGAGAUGAAGAAGAAGACUCAUAUCAAGCUCCAUUCUUCUCAUCUCUCCCUCCUGCUCAUUUCACUCUUUAUUGGCUUCUGUUCCUGUGAGCAGCAUUCCAUUUCAAGCCAUGGGGGCCUCACAGACCAAGAAGUCUUGUACAUCAAGCAGCGCCAGCUUCUCUACUACAGAGAUGAGUUUGGUGACAGAGGGGAAAGAGUCACUGUUGACCCAUCUCUUGUCUUUGAAAACCCAAGACUCAGAAAUGCUUACAUAGCUUUACAAGCUUGGAAACAGGCUAUUCUUUCUGACCCUUUCAAUCUCACAGGUAAUUGGGUUGGAUCUGAGGUUUGCAGCUACACUGGGGUUUACUGUGCUCCUGCACCUGAUAACAAGAAAAUCAAGACCGUUGCUGGCAUUGAUCUAAACCAUGGUGAUAUUGCUGGGUACUUGCCAGAGGAGCUUGGCUUACUCACUGAUCUUGCAUUGUUCCACAUCAACUCCAAUCGCUUCUGUGGUACUGUUCCACACAAGUUCAUAAACUUGAAGAUACUGUUCGAGCUGGAUCUUAGCAACAACCGGUUUGCUGGUAAGUUUCCUGACGUGGUUCUGAAGCUGCCUAAGCUCAAGUUCUUGGAUCUGAGGUUCAACGAGUUCGAAGGAACCGUACCAAAAGAACUUUUCGACAAAGACUUGGAUGCCAUUUUCAUCAACCACAACCGCUUCAGAUUCAACAUCCCUGACAACUUUGGUAACUCUCCGGUUUCUGUUAUUGUCCUAGCCAACAACAAGUUCCACGGAUGCGUGCCUUCUAGUCUCGGUAACAUGUCAGGUCUUGAAGAAAUCAUUCUCAUGAACAAUGGUUUCAGAUCUUGCUUGCCUGAAGAAAUCGGUUUGCUCAAAAACUUGACUGUCUUCGAUGUUAGCUUCAACAAGUUAAUGGGUCCUUUGCCUGACAAAAUUGGGGAGAUGAUCAGCCUUGAGCAACUCAAUGUGGCACAUAAUAUGCUCUCUGGUAAAAUUCCAGCCAGCAUUUGCAAGUUACCCAAGUUGCAAAACUUCACAUUCUCGUACAACUUCUUCACUGGAGAGCCACCAGUUUGCUUGAGCUUACAAGAUUUCGACGACCGAAGAAAUUGCUUGCCUGCAAGACCUUUGCAAAGAAGCGCGGCGCAAUGUAAGUCUUUCUUGUCUAGGCCAGUGGACUGCAGCUCAUUUAGAUGUGCUCCUUUCGUACCUUCUUUACCCGCCCCACCUCCACCUUCUCCGCCAAUCCCGGUGCCUUCUCCACCCGUUGUUGUGCCAUCACCUUCA